AGGCCUGGCCAGUGAUAGAGAGCGGGUCUUCUAAGUAGACAGAUUUCAGAGGAGCAGCCGGCUCAGCCUGUAUCCGCAAAAAGAACAGGAGGACUUGUGGCACCUUAGCGACUAACACAUUCCUUUGAGCAGGAGCUCGCCUGAGCUGCAGCUCGCUGCACCGGCUGCUCACUGUGGGAACACACAGUAUUAAUUAGACAAAGACGUCUGCACUGUGAUUGGUUGGCCCUACUGCCAAUCCGAGCGCAGGCAACGUUUGAUUCCCCCUUGCACCCCACCUGCCUGGGCUUUGGGUGGCUGGGGGCCAAUCACAGCGCUGCAUGUUUUGGGCCAGACCUUUACUCCUGAGUGCUGAUUGGCUACAAGCUCGUUCCAGAGAGAAUAUACCCCGCCCCCCACAUGCGCUAUCCCUGUGUUCUGAUUGGCUGGGCAGUGUCAGCCAAUUGGCGAAAAAGGACUACGUAUUGGGCCCUCGUGCCGCCGCUGGGAGCCCCUGGCCAAUCAGAGCAAAGGAGAUGUUAGCGCGGUCGGCCUGCGCCCUUUGCUCCGACUGGCCGCAUGGUACGGGCCGGUCAUGACGUAGGCGUGCUUGGCACGCCCCUGUGGCCGCUCUGGGCCCCGCCAGCCGGCCAGCGAGAUGUCGUGUCUAGGUCCAAGGGGGUGGCGGGCCUCUGCGGGCCUUUCAAUGGCUGGGGCCUUCCCAAGUGCUCGCUUCUGGCGGGCUGAGGCCAUUUCCGGUCGGAGCGGUCAUUUCCGGGAGCGCUGCCCUCCCCCUCCCCUGCAGUGCGUUUCUUUCCGGAUGUGCAGGGCUUACUUCCGGUGCAAUGGCGGCUCCUCCUCUCGUCACUUCCGGAAGCCCCUGGCUCAGAGCUCUUUAGGGCCUCGUGUGGCCCCGGCGGGGCGGGGCCAGGCCGCCUGCGCCGUUGCUUAUGGCAACAGAGGGACGCCCGAGAGCAGGGCGUGGUAUCGCGGGAUGUCGGCGCUGCGACGGCGAGCGGAUGCGGGAUCUGGCAUCCAUGCGGCCCCCUAGGGGCAAGCAGAGACCCCAACUCUGAGGAUCCCCCCCCAUCCAGGAAUGGCUACCCCCACGCCGGGCCCCCCCAGCUCCCUCCUUCUGCCCCUCCCAGCCAUUGUCUUCAUCACUGUGGCCGCCUACCUGCUCCUCCUCCUCCUUCUCCUCGCACUGCGCCAAUGCCUGCUGGCCCGUGGACUCUGCGCUGACUGUUCCUGGUGUGAGAAGGGGCUGCUGGGGGGGCCCUGCCACUGCUGCCUGGCCUGCGUCGAGGCUUGUGACUGUGCCCCUCCCUCCCUCCCCCGCUGCCUGGACACCUGCUGUCCCCGACACCAGGGCUGGGAGCUCGGCACCUUGCCCCCCUUUCCCUCGCUGCUGCCCCCUCUGCGACUGUGCCUGUGCCUACCAGCCCCCCGAUUGUCAGAGCAUCAAUUGCAUCUGCUUUGAGGUCAAACUGCUCUGAGGGGAGCCCUGCCAGGAAAAUUGGGGGGUCUCCCCCAUGAGACACUCUCAGACUGGCAUGUACUCACUAAUGCUGGAUUAUGGGGAUCCCCUGCUCCCCAAAUGGGGUGAUCCCUUCCUGACUUUGCUACAUAACCCCAAUAUUUGUAACUCCCAUUUUUAUAAUAAAGCUGCUUUGAGAUA